AUGGCGCAGCAGACGCCGAGCUUCAGUCGAUCCCGAGCCUCGCAGCGCUCCACGCACCGUCUCGCAGUGCCCGCGCUCUCCAUGUCGCUGCGCAGUCGGCGCGCGGAGCACCACAGCGUCACGCUCGGCCUGCCGCAGCUCGACCGCUACCACGACCGAGCCGAGAAGGCGUUGACGGAGACCAUCGCCGCCUAUGGCCAACUGGGCCAAGACGUCGACGCCGCGAGGUGGAAAUGCCUUCGCGCGCGGCACGGCGUCCGCCUCUUUCGCGGCCGGUACCCCACCACUGUAGGACGCACGCCGCUGCUAUGUGUGGGGGCCCUACGCGGCAGCUUCGACGACAUCAUGGAGGGAGUCUAUUGCCAGAGCACGGAGGAAAUGCUGCUCAUGAACGCCAUCAAGUGCCCGCGUCUAGCAGAGAGCGCCGUGCUCUACGCCGUGCAGCGCCAAACGCUGUGCGAGCCGUUCGCCUUCACGGGCAUCAAGUGGACGACCAUCAAGCUGUCCGUCGCCAGCAACCGCGGCUUGUGCUACUUCGACAAGAUGGGGCUCGUCCGUCAGACGUCGGGCAAGCGCAUGGCCUACCACGUCAUGCAGUCCGUGGAUCUGUCCGAGCUGCCGCACAAGGCCAUGCACAAGCGGGUGCAGGCGUCGCUGUGCUACGUGUUCGAGGAGCUGGAGGACGACAUGGUGGCCGUCUACAUGCAGGGCGAGAUGGACCACGCCGCGCUGUCCUACUUCUCCACGCCCGCCGUGUCGGACUUGUUGCUGGCCGUGACCAACGCGCUCGAGUGCGCGCGGGCCAAGAAGCUCGCCGAGAUGAUGGCGGUGGCGCCUCCUGGCCGAUUCAGACGGAGGUCCUCUCGCCGAUGCUGCGACGUGUGUCGAGGCACCACCUCGUUCUUUGAAAGCCUGCAGGAGUGCGCGGGCUGCAACUUCAAGUACGUCUGCAAGAAGUGUCGGCUUAAGGAGAACGUGCUCGCGCGCGACUCGAGUUCGAGGUUGCAUCUGCUGCGCGCGGAGUUCUGUCGCGUGUGCAUCUCCAAGAUGGACUCGACGUCCAUCGACCAGCUCCGGGCCGAGGCCGGAGGCUUCAUCCGCACGGCGGAAAUGAACGCCGCGUUCUGUGAAGCGGACGAGGAACCGGAGCAAGUGGACGUCCCCGGCAGUGACCGCUCUCUGACGGCGUUCACGCUUAAGAUCUCGGCCCAGCUGCAGGACCUCAGCAGCCGCAGCGACGUCCGCAUCUCCAACUUGUCGUCCAUGGAGAAAGUGUCCAUAUCGGAGGACGAAGACGACGACGCGUUGAUGGGCGAGGGUCGAGACGUGCUCAACUCGAUUGGAAAGAAGAGCCACCAACUCGUGCCCGCAGCGGACACAUCGCGCCGCAGUGUGCGCUCGACCGCGUCUACGGCAUCGUCCUCGCACUACCAUGACGAGGAGGAGGCCGAACAGUACCGCAAUUCACUGUUCGCGAGGCUACUGCAGGUUUCAAACCAAGCAGAGGCGACGUUCCACCUCACCAAAGAGCAGUCGCUCGUCGCGCACUCGGUCUUCCAGCGCAACAACCGCAGGGGCGGUCAGGGCUCCGACGGAUCCGUAUACAGCCAGCAGAGCGACCAUCGUCCCAAGCCAUCCAUCUUCUGGCGCUGUGACGUUGCCGUCCCGCUGGACAAGGAAGAGGUGCGGCCAGGGGAUCUUGAUGCCGAUGGCCACCUGGAUGUUCGGGUGCUCCAUGUAGUGGUGCAGCUUCUGGCGCAAGUGCUCCGUCGCCUCAGAGAGUUGAGCUGCCACCACUGCGUGGAUCCUGUCGAUGAAAAGGUGGUGGGCCAGGACGCGGCCAGCGCCGCCCUCGGCAUUCCGAGUGAUCGAUCGAAGACGACAACGGGUGAUCCGCCCUUCGUCUUCGUCGCGCGGUUGCCCGUCUUCUUCUCGCUCGCGCAGUUCUCGUCUUUCGGAAUGGUGGCGUCCGGCAACAUGCCCGACCGCCAAGAAAACCGCACCAUUACCAUUAAUCCGCUGCGGCUGAGUAACUUCAUCGAGGCCAAUCGGUGA